GUCGGGGAUCACCGCCACGGAGAUGGAAGAGCUGCAGGACAAGUUGGACCGGACUGGGCGUGAAGACGUGACAGCCGUCCUGAGACGUUUGGUGGAAGAGGGACACGCAACGCGCGCUCCGCCGAAGUACAGCACCUUCCUGUCUGAACUCGCGAGAAGUACCCCCGUGUGUGGAAUGAUGCAGAUCGCAGGUGACAGAAACGCCAUAGGUACCUUGAAGAAAGUGGCGGAGGGUAAGAUCGUGCUGAACAACAAUCUGUUCUCCAAGUACCUGGGACAUCUACAGAAGAGGGCACCGGUACUAGCAGACUUUGUCUGCAGUGUAACUGAAGCAGGCCGCAUUCCUUCUGACAUUUCUACUCUGAUCCUCUCCCUCUUGGCUGUCCUGGCUCAAACGUUUGACCAGGUUCCUAUUCCUUCUCCUGACAGCUACCCCGCUUCUUCCGCUCCAUCUUCUCUUUCCUUCUUCCCUUCACUUCCUCAGCUCUGCGGUCUGCCUGGGUACNCUGUGGACGAAACGAGGAAACCGAGGGAUAAGGACAGCUGCCGGAAAGAAUCGUACGGUCAUCCAUCCCUGACACCGGGUCUUUUCACCAUCUACUGCCCACACGGAGUCUGCUACGGGUUCGAGGCCAUGCGGAGCUGCGAGUCACCCCACCAUCCGUUCGAGAUCUUCAGGACACGGUUCGAGACGGCCCCCAGGACAGUCGUGUACGACAACAGCUGCCAGCAUCGGGCCGACCCUUUGGCGUGCUAUGUGAGCUCGUUGGUUCGCGAGCAUAGGUGGUUCUCUCUUACCAGGGACAACACCUACGCUCUGGCCGACUGUGACCUAAGGGGACGCACAAAGGAACGUCAGUUUCAACUGGUCCAGGCAGUGAACUUCGAAACAGCUGCAGGAGAAAGCUACGUGCUAUUCUUGUGCUCCUGUGACGAAGCACGGGAACAACACGAACGGCUCUCAGCCACAAGCUGUGUAGUGACGGGUGAGGAUAUUCGAGAUUUUGCUGUGCGGGAGGAAGGACUUUACUGCCUGCACGCCCGUGCAGCAAAACAUAUCAUCGCCACGCCACUCUCAGUGGAAGUUGAGGAAGAUGAGGAGCGCGAGGACGGUCCUGUGGAGCAGCUUCAAACAGAGCCGUUCAUCGCUGCUGCCCAUGACGGAGACACAUACGGGAUUCUGAAGCGUAUGGGGGACGGUGGUAAGCUUUGUUGCGUGUCGUGUAGCGGGCGCCAGAAGAGUUGUGCGCACGUCAGUGCGUACAAGGAAUGGUGUAGGGACAGGAAUGUGGACUCGAACCUCGUGUUGACGGUCUCUAGCGAGCCUCGCUUUGAGUCUGUCUCCACAUCUCCUGUACCUUAUCCAUUCACACAAGAGAUGAGGGAAAAGUUUCAUAGGUAUGUACAUCAUACCGAGACUUUUCCUCAGAAUCUGGUGCCUGAUGUACCCGCUGGCGCAUGCAGACACGGACACGACUGGGACGACAGAGAUCCUGUGGCCCAGGAGUGGAUCCAGCAUGUCGGCGUGUGCAUCUACACCCGCUACGCCACCAUCACCGACUACUACGCCGGCCCCGAUGGACAACAGCCACGGGUGGUCUUCUACAGGCCAACCGUAGGCGACUGCGGAUGCCGUCAUAUGUAUGACGGGUCCGCGGACCUCUUACACAACAUCGACAAUAGGCACAUGAUCUUCUAUGGGCUGCUGGUGGACUAUCUCCAUUCCAUGGUGGAGGGUCGCCAGCCCCUGAAAACGAUGGAGAGAGUGUGCAACAGAACGAGGUCUGUGUGCGACUUGGACAACUUCAAGGGAAUCCCGUACGGCAUUCUUCGGCAAGGGUGGAACACAUGGGCCAGGAGACUGGACAUUGACUGGAAGAAGGAGUACACGUGCGACCAAUGCGGCCCGGUGCCGGACAUAAUCGUGUGUGACGGCACGGCGAUAGGAUUCCGCAAGGAUCUGCUCCAGUACCAGCCCCCACCGGAGGACCAGCCUGACGAGACGCCAGUGGUUAGGGGAUCGAGGCAUGGACAGCGGGUAUUCAUCAGGUGCGCCAGGGCGCGCGAACUCCUCCUCUUGUAUUCGGGAAACAAGAGGAGGGGGGCAGGUAAGUAUUCAGGUAAGUAUUCAGGUAAGUAUUCGGGUAAGUCGGGGAUCACCGCCACGGAGAUGGAAGAGCUGCAGGACAAGUUGGACCGGACUGGGCGUGAAGACGUGACAGCCGUCCUGAGACGUUUGGUGGAAGAGGGACACGCAACGCGCGCUCCGCCGAAGUACAGCACCUUCCUGUCUGAACUCGCGAGAAGUACCCCCGUGUGUGGAAUGAUGCAGAUCGCAGGUGACAGAAACGCCAUCGGUACCUUGAAGAAAGUGGCGGAGGGUAAGAUCGUGCUGAACAACAAUCUGUUCUCCAAGUACCUGGGACAUCUACAGAAGAGGGCACCGGUACUAGCAGACUUUGUCUGCAGUGUAACUGAAGCAGGCCGCAUUCCUUCUGACAUUUCUACUCUGAUCCUCUCCCUCUUGGCUGUCCUGGCUCAAACGUUUGACCAGGUUCCUAUUCCUUCUCCUGACAGCUACCCCGCUUCUUCCGCUCCAUCUUCUCUUUCCUUCUUCCCUUCACUUCCUCAGCUCUGCGGUCUGCCUAGGUACGCUGUGGACGAAACGAGGAAACCGAGGGAUAAGGACAGCUGCCGGAAAGAAUCGUACGGUCAUCCAUCCCUGACACCGGGUCUUUUCACCAUCUACUGCCCACACGGAGUCUGCUACGGGUUCGAGGCCAUGCGGAGCUGCGAGUCACCCCACCAUCCGUUCGAGAUCUUCAGGACACGGUUCGAGACGGCCCCCAGGACAGUCGUGUACGACAACAGCUGCCAGCAUCGGUAUGUGAUGAACAGGGAUCCACACUUCUUCAAGAAGACUGUGUUUCUGGUGGACAGGUUUCACUACAUCUCUUGCUACAGCGCUUCACUUGAAAUCAACGACAUAAACUCUCAGGUGAACGAGCAAGCCAACUCCGGUCUGAUCAGGAUCCAGCCGCAGCUGUCGUACAUGUCACCGUCCAACUUCAUGUUCCACGCGUCGUUGUUCUUGGCUGUUAGGAAUAUGGAUAAGCGUGGAAAACACUGA